AGAACAUUGAAAGGAAAGUUUAAAAUCCUGUUGGUUGAGCACAAGAAGUUUUGAAAUUCAAAAUGACAUCAACUGUGGAUAAAAGACCCCACCAGGAGCAUACAAUUGUGAAUCCACAGCCACCAGAAUAUCGCAAUCCAAAGAAACCUAGCCGCAUGACAAAUCAGCUUCGGUAUUUGGAGAAAGUGGUGGUUAAAGCUCUGUGGAAGCACCAUUUUGCAUGGCCAUUCCAACAGCCUGUUGAUGCUGUGAAAUUAAACUUGCCUGAUUAUUAUCAGAUAACAAAGAACCCAAUGGAUUUGGGUACAAUCAAAAAACGCUUGGAAAAUAAAUAUUACUGUAAAGCUAUGGAGUGUGUAGAAGACAUAAAUACAAUGUUUACCAACUGUUACGUAUAUAAUCGGUUUCUUCCUAUACUCUGUCCAGACUCCUCAUCAUAA